CGCGUGUCUGAAAAACUGUGUGGUGCGCUGAUUUUCCGCUUUUCCUCGCUGGCUCGGGGCCAGCCGCAUACCGGACUACCUAUAAUCCAUGAAUGUAACCAACGGGUAGAUGGACCCACCAAGGGAAGCGGAAAAGGCGGAUCGAUCGCGCCACGAUCCGGGCACCGGGACUGGUGGUUCGAAGAAGCCGGACAACAAAGCGAGAAAGGAUAAGAACAAGGACAAGGGCAAGGAUGUAGGCACCGCUGCUAACGCCGGGGGAAAGGAUCAAUCCGGCGGCACGAAGCGGGGCAAGAAAAGUAAAAAGGAUGUCGUUAAACCCAUGACCCGCGUGGUAGUUCGCCAUCUACCACCGACGAUGACGGAGGAACAGUUCCGUGAGGAGAUCUCGGUCGAGGGUGCGUUUCCAAAGCACGAGGAGUUCUACUUCGUUGGCCCGGACUGGUCGCUCGGUAUGAGCGCCACCUCGCGGGCCUACAUCAAGUUUACGAACCCGGACGAUGUGCUGCUGUUUACGCACCGGUUCGAUGGCUACACGUUCCUCGACAGUAAGGGAGCAGAAUUUCUGGCCCUCGUAGAGUACGCUCCGUUUCAGAAGCUGCCGAAGAAUCGCUCUCGGUCGAAGCCCGACCCGAAAUGCAACACGAUCGAGAGCGAUCCUUUGUUCAUUGCCUUCAAGGAAGCGCUGGAAGAGGAAGAGCGUGAAGCCCAGCAAGGCCGUGGUACGCAAGAGUUCAGCUUCAAUCUUGAGCCGGAGGAGAAGAUCGUAAUGACGCCACUACUAGAGUUCGUAGCCCAGCGGAAACUGGAGAAGAGAGAUGAGCGACGUCGCAAGCAGGAGGAAAAACGGAAGGCCCGCGAAGAGGAGCGUAGCAUGCGCAAGUCUCAGAUUGCCCAGGCGAUACCGGAAUCGAUCAAGGAAGAGAAAGAAAUUACCGAGAUCAUGGUACGGACCGUUCCGUCCCGGUUGGAUCCAGCGCAGAACGCUUCGAAAGGUGCCGGAUCGGAUAAUAAGAAGGGCGGUGGCGAAGGUGGAGGAAAGCAUAAGGAUGAGAAGAAGGCUCGCAACCGAAACAACAACAAUAAGGACUAUAAGGACAACAAGGACAAGGAUCGGAAGGAUCGAGAUCGUAAGCAGGAGGAGGACAACAGUAAACAACCAAGCGGCCCGCGAAAGGGAGACAAUGAAAAGAACCUUUCGAAAAAACAGGAUCGCGAAAAACCACCCAAGAAGCCACCGACAGCAGGCGACAAAGACAAAGCUAGGGACGAUGCACGGUCUCAAAAGAAAAAUGGACGACCGGAAAAGGAAAAACCGCGCAAAGGAGAGAAGAUCGAUUCGGUGCAGAUUGAUCGAGGCGGUGGUGAUCCUCCGGCAACCGAUAACACCCCGAGCGCGGUUGAUCCAUCGACAGAAGUGGCAGUGGGUAAGAAGGAAAGCAAACGAUACAGCGAACGUCGCAAAGAGACGCGGGCACGGGCGGAAACGCGGUUCGCCGAGCAAGGCGAUAGCCGGAAUGACGCAAAGAUCGACGUCAAGAAGAGCGUUCUCAUGGCGGAUGUACCGGCGUUCAUACCGAAGCAGAAAACGACCAUCAUUCUCCAUGGUCCAUCGUCUACGGCCACCAGCAAUCCACCAUCCACAGCAUCACUGCCAUCGCCGAUCAAUACUACUACUGCUACAACUGCAUCGUCCCAUGUUGUCUCCGAAGACAACGCUACGACGGACAACGGGAAGUCACCGUCACCGGACACUCUGCUGGAGGCAGGUGAUGCGACGGGAACAAACGGCAAGCGUACGGCGGCGGAUGAGGAACAGAUUCGCCGGAAGCUGAAGGAGGCCCGGGAGGCGCGCAAGAUACGUAACAAGGAUAGGCCCUCGAUGGAGAUCUAUAAACCGCGCAAACGCAUCGGAGCGGGCAAAAGCGAAGAGGAGCGCUGGGACUCCGAUCGACCAUCCGAUUCCAUUUCGACGGCCCCGGCUACGGUGGCAGAGGAUGGAACCAACGAACGGCGUCACCGUCUAACCAAGAAAGCAUCCGACCGACAAACGCACUCUGACCGUAAGGCGGCGCGGCGAAAGAACUCAAGCGAUGCGGACAUUACGCCGAAUGAAGCGGCGGAAAUGACUGGUACACCACCGGCUAGCUUACCGGAGAUGUAAGCGGCCAGUCCCUUUUCCAAGAUUUCAUUGUGUUUUCCUCAUCCCUCCCUUCGUUUCAUUUUACGUUUCGUUCUUACCUUUUGCGGACGCAAUAAAUCGAGAGCUUGUGACCGAAUGAUGAUU